AUGCAUCGUAUGGUGUCUCCCUUUUAUGCACAACCCUGUCUCAUCACCUCCAAGAAUGUGUAUUUCUCCUCUUGGCUUGCUUCUGGCCAGCCAUAUCCCCGCCUCACCAGAGCGUCUCACGAGUUUACUCCUGUCCCUGGUUGGGCUGUAGCGUCGGCGGCAGCACCGGCGUCAGAAGCGGCGAUGGCGUGUGCUGUAGCCAUGCAGCCUUCCACUGAGGCGCUCUCUUAUCGGAUUGGGGGCAUGCUGGGCAUCCUCGUUAGUAGCAUCAUUGGUUUCUCGCUGCCUUUUCUUCUGCGCGGGCGCCACAAGACGCUGCUCUUCUUCUUCCGGGCCAUGGCUGCUGGCAUCGUGCUGGCAGUUGCCAUCGUGCACAUCUUCCCAGGUGCACAGGAGGCGCUCUCAAACCCGUGCCUGGACCUCUCCUCCUCCCCCUUCCCCUGGGCGCCGUGUGCUGGCUCUAAGUGUGUUGACUCCACUUGCACAGACGCUAAGUGCGUUGACGCCAAGUGCUUAGCUAAGUGCUGCGAGACCAAGUGCCCCGCCUGCCCCGACUGCGCGCUGGACGUGAGACCAGGGGAGGAGGAAAAGGCAGCAAUGAAAACCGGGAAAGCGGUGGAGUGGGAGGAGCAGGAGGGGCGGGAGGAGAGUGAGGAGAGGCAGAUGAGGGAGGCGGUGGCGCUGUCGUCGCUGCGAGCAGUGGCGUACACGCUAGAGAUGGGUAUCAUCUUCCACUCCAUCUUCAUUGGGAUCGCUCUCGGGGCGAAUCACGACAGUGCGGAGAUCAAGGGGCUUGCAAUCGCCCUCGUCUUCCACCAGGGCUUCGAGGGCAUAAGUCUUGGUACCGCCAUUGCCCCGUGCCGCUUCUCGCUACUCAAGACCCUAUGCAUGGGGCUGCUUUUCGCAUUCACCACGCCUCUGGGCGUGGCUAUAGGGUUGGCCGUCCAGUCGUCUUACAACUCCAACAGCCAGGCAGCUCUGGCGACUGAAGGCGCGUUCAAUGCCGUGUCCGCCGGCAUCCUCAUUUACAACGGACUCGUUGACUUGUUAGUGCCGACGUUCGACGAGCACGACGAAAACACCCCCAAGGAUCCGGUUGCGUAUUUCUUUGGGUUUGUGUUUUUGUUUCUGGGCGCUGGGGCCAUGAGCCUGCUCGCCAUAUGGGCCUAG